CUUGUGAGUCCGUGCCACGAUUUUUUGCUUACGUGUAACUUGUAAAUUCGUCGAUGAUGUUUGCACAUAUUAUUGUUGUCUUUUCUGUGGCUGCCUUGGCAAGGGGAGCUGCUGUUUCCGGUGGAGCUAAAGAGAGGAUGGUUCAUUGUGAAAGAUAUUACCUACCAGUUUGCACGCGCAAGUAUGACCCUGUGUGUGGAUCCGACGGAAGAUCAUAUUCGAACGAAUGCAUGCUUUGCUUGGAAAACAUGCCUUCUCUUCCAAAACGACGCAGCAGACGAAUAAGUGGUGUGUUACUUGGUGCAGGCCAAAACACCUUUUCUUUUUGUCUGCAGGGAACAAAAGCUAAAUAG